AUGCAACCUUUCCAGUGGUGCAACGGGUGUCGGUGUGACCUUGCAUUGCAGAACUCAGACCCCACCUGCAAGAUGACAUCUCGAGAGCUCUUCGAUUUGCCGCUUAAUGUCUAUAUCAUCAUUCUGGGCAUUGCCCUUUUUAUCCUAUUGGUCAUUUUCAUUUUCUGCUGCUACCUGUACAGACUCAGCCGGCAAAAUGCAAGAGAAUACUAUGGCUAUAAUGAGGUGGUUCUUAAAGGAGCUAGCAAAAAGCUGAACCUUGUUGGGCAAACAUGCGCUGUAUGUUUAGAAGAGUUUCGCAGCCGGGAUGAGCUUGGAGUGUGCCCGUGUUCCCAUGCUUUUCAUCAAAAGUGUUUAAUGAAAUGGUUAGAGAUCCGUAGUGUCUGCCCCAUGUGCAACACACCAAUGUGCAGCCUGGAGCCACGGACUUCACAAGCUACUGAGCAGGCACAGGGCCUCCUGGAGGUCUGA